CAGGGACUGAAUUUAAAGGGUUCCAACUCAUUCAAGAAGUUGUUGGAGCCUAAUUCAAGAAGAUCCCUCAAGUUCUUCCAGAAUAUUCCUAGUUUUGACCAAACCGUGUGAUAGUAAAGACAUAUUUAGUAUCCAGAGUGUCCUCCUCCAGCAUUUCAACCACUGGGUGGACUAUUUUUUGUACGCGGGAGAUAGCAAAAAAAAAAGAAAUGAUGCUACAAAUUUGUGUAACAUUCUUCAUGGUGACCAUUCUGGCUGCUUCGGCAAUUCCCAAGCCAGAAGAGAAGCGCGUGGUGGACUAUGAUCUGUCAGAUGCACAGCACUUCCAGAAUGAGCAGCACAAUACACAGUACGAUCAUGAGGCUUUCCUGGGCAAGGAGGAAGCCAAAACGUUCGAUCAGUUGCCUCCGGAGGAGAGCAGAAGGAGAUUGGGGGUAAUUGUUGGGAAAAUUGAUGCCGACAGUGAUGGUCUGGUGGAUUUGGGUGAACUGAAGAAUUGGAUCCAAUUCACGCAGAGGCGGUACAUUGAGGAUGACGUGGAGCGUCAGUGGAAGCAGCACAAUCCCACGGGGAAUGAGACAAUCCCCUGGGAAGCCUACAGAAAAGCCGUUUAUGGCUUUAUGGAUGACAUGGAUCCCCGAGAUCUGGACAAAGAGGAUGAAGGCUUCUCCUACAAAGCCAUGCUCACGCGAGAUCGCAGGCGAUGGAGUUUUGCAGACAAAGACGGUGAUGAUCAUCUCUCCCGGAAAGAAUUCACCGACUUCCUGCAUCCCGAAGACAGUGUCAGAAUGAGAGACGUCGUCAUCACAGAAACCAUUGAAGACAUCGACAAAAAUGGCGAUGGAAAGGUAUCCGUGGAUGAGUACAUCGGUGACAUGUACAGAACCAGCGAAGAUGGCGAGGAAGAACCCGACUGGGUGAAGAAUGAACGAGAAACCUUCGCAAAGUACCGCGACAAAGAUGCCGAUGGCUUCCUCAACAACGAAGAAGUCCGUGACUGGAUCAUCCCAUCAGACUUCGAUCAUGCCGAAGCCGAAGCUCGUCACCUGAUCUACGAAGCUGACACAGAUGCCGACGAGAAAUUGACCAAAGAUGAGAUUCUGGAAAAGUACGAUCUCUUUGUGGGUUCCCAGGCGACAGAUUUCGGUGAAGCCCUAACACGUCACGAUGAAUUCUGAAUGUACCCUGGCCGCCGUAGCCUCUCUACUAAAAGAAACCGAGGAAUCUCGCGCCAUUCAACUCAAAUCCCAGUGGAUUACAAUUCCUCCUGAGAAUGCAAUCUUGAACACUUAACAAAACUUAUCUCUUAAAUGUUCUCGCGCGCAUCUUUGUAGUGCCAAAGCAAUUUUUUUGUUCAUCUUUUAUGUAAUUGUAAGAAUUUUUUUUUUGGAAAAUGUCUCAUCCUCUUCAUCUUGCGCAUUUUUCACAUCGAUGUUUUCUCAUUCAAAUUAUUUUUUGUACUAAUAAAGAGAAUUUAAAGAAAAAA